AUGUCUUAUAGCUAUAUAAACUGUAUUAUGUGUCCUAGAUUAUAGUUAACCUGUUUAGAAACUAUUCAUAAGCAUUAAAUAGUUCAUCGUAACAUUAGACCUAAAAAAUUGUUGCUUUCAACUAGUGGUAAUGAAAUAUUGUUAAGUGAUUUCAAAUUUGCAACUAAAUUUAAGUUAUAACAUGGAUCAAUCUGUUGUAUGGAUAAUCAUAAAUCAAUAUCAAAUAAACACUUCCUCAAUAAAUACUCAAGUAUAAAUCAACAUUUGAAUUAAUGUAAAGAUAUCCAAUAAUUAAUUAGUCGCAACACCAAAAGAUGACCUUGAAUCACUUGCUUAUAUCUUACUUGUUUAUGUAACAAAUUCAAAGAUCUUUAAAAUUCAUGCAGAUAAUAAAGGACUCAAACUCAAGAAAUUGGAACAAAUAAAAUUAUCUAUCGUUCCUGAAAUUACAUUCAAAUCUGCUCCUAUUGAAUUUAUACAUUUUUUAAAUUUAGUUAAAACUAGCAAUGCAAAUGAUUUUCCUUAGGAAUAUGAAAAAUUCAAAUAAUUAUUUCGUAGGUUGAUACAAGCAAGUGGAUACAACGAAAAAGAUUUAUCUUAUCCUUUAUUUCAUGUUUAAUAUAGAGAAUCUCACCCACAACAAUAAUAAGAAUAUCAUAAUUAAGUUAGUAGAUUUAAGAAAACUUAAAAUCACAAAUUAAGUUCUGAAUCUAUUUAAGAAGAAGCAGCUGAUGAAGAAGUUUCAAUUUGCUAAAUUGAUAUAAUAGGAGAGGAUCGAACCAUUGAACCUGCUAUAAAAUCCUUAAAACCUUAAUCAUACAAAAAUUUAUCUACUCUUAAUUCACCAAAAUUUGAAUCUUAAAUUAUUAAACUCAAACUCACUAAAAAAUGA